AUGGCUACUGGCUGGCAACCCGAGUGCCUUGUCACUCAGAACCAGUCAUCACUGGGUCCUGUCGAAGCUCAUUCUGAUCGAGCUUUGCAGAAUACUACUGGAAAUGUCCAGUCAUAUUCAGAUCAUUUGACUCAUGCUGAUAUCGCUGCUCGUGAGGACCAGCUCCAUCAACUUGGCUUCAAGUAUCCUCAUGCCCCUCAUCAUCCUCAACCAUUGUCGGCGUCCGGCUUGGAUCAACAGCAUGUAGCGGCUCGGCUCCACCAACGGAAGCUUCGCAGGCUUCACUCCGUUGGGCCCAACUCUCAAUCUCGCCGGGCGCGAAGCAGCUACCUCAAGUCCCAGAAGUACUUGGAGUACCGACGUCGUCCUCGCCGUGAUACUGGCAAGGAUGGAGAGCCUGUGUGGUCUGAUGAGUUGGAGGACGCUUUCCAGCAAGCCCUCGAAGCAAACCCUCCUAUGGGUCGGAGAAAGUGGUCCGAACGGGGCAAGUCGUAUGGCCGCAACGAGUUGAUUGCUGAGUACAUCUUCAAAUUGACGGGCAAGCGGAGGACUCGCAAGCAGGUCUCGAGCCAUCUGCAGGUCCUGGACUCUUUCCUGAAGGGUGAUCCCGAUUGGGAGCGACUUGUUCGUGAGGCAUCACCAGAACGAUCAUCUAGUGUUCAUGGCUCAGCACCGGCUCCUAAAUGGAGAACGGCAGUAGAGCACACUUCGGCGUCCAGUCACUACGGUAGCCACACACAUGGCUCCUACCAUGACCACAUGAGAUCCAUGCAACCGUACGCUGGAGAUCUCCCGCCACCGCACUAUACCCUUGGCUCUAACAUGCAGGAGGCUGCUGCUAGCACCAUUCAUGGCUUCAACUUCGACAUGUGGGUCACCGCUCCUCAACAGGCCAAUCGUAUCGGCAAAGCAUUGCAUACAUACACUCGUCUACAGGGUGACCUGCACCACUCCGCUGCAUCCUCCAUGCCCCUUGAGCAUGUGAAUGGGUGGCGGUCUUCUUUUCCUCAACUCGCCUCCAUGGUGGAUGACAUCAACAAUCCCAUGGACUGCGAUAUAAUCUUGUUAGAAGUGAACCUUGAGUUAAUGACCGACUUCCCUCCUGCUAGAUCACAGCUGGGGAUUCAGCUCGACCUUGAUUUCGGUCACCCUAGUGCUGGCGAUGUGUUCGGAGUCAGUCAGAUGGACAACUGGACUUGCAGCACCCACAUCUAUGAAGAUGGCCAGAAACUCAUAGAGAGUCACGACGACCUACCUAAAACCCAGUCGACCAAGGUCAAGCCUCUGUUCGAAUCAUCUUGGUGGGCCAAGAUGUUCACCAAGGUGACUCAAGACAAGCGCAUGGCUGAGGACUCGGGAAACCCCCAAGUUGCUCGCGAGGCUGAUGACAACACCCGUAACUUCUUCCGCUCCUUGUCUGCAGUACAAGAGCUCCGUGCCACCUCACCUAGCUCUCACCGACUGUCAAACCAAUACCAAGGCCACCAUGGUGAUGAGAGCAAGCGUAUGGCCGUUCUGGUCUGGAAGUUCCGACAAACCCGGCCCGGCCAAGUUGGCACCACUACCUGGAGACGAUUAAUUCCGGCACCGGACCGGACUUCAAACAAUAGCCCGCUUGCAGUCUCCGGGAUUGAUCUUCCUCCCCUUUCCCUGGAUUCUAUCCUUCUCAACAAAGCUUCCCACCAGGGCAUGUACCAGACCCCUCAGCCCCAUGACUUAAUCCCCCACCCAAGCCAAUCACACUCACAAUGGUCCCUAUACCACCCGCCCCACGAUAAUGUGGCUAAUCUAUUCAAUCCCUCCGGCCACCUCGAUUUCUUGGCGUCCAUCAGCAAAGCUGAAGACACCAUCAAUGACAAAAUCGCCGUUACCUCAGUGCUGGACUCCUUCUCUACCAGCCUCGCACCCGAGAGCAUUCCAUCCACGAGCCUGCACGGCCCCAGCGGUGCACCAGUUAUGCUCAACGUGCACGACCUACCGCUCUCCCAUCCAGGGAUUGGCUACGCAAUGGGCCACGAAGCAUCCCAUUACGUGCCAUCUCACCAGCACAGCGUGAACAUGCACGAUAGCAACGGUGUGCUACAUAGCUUCUUUGGUUCUAACAUGCAGCCGCUCGAUGAUCUCAGCCACAGCCAUGCUUCAUGGGGUGCGCAUUCCACAUCCAUUCCAGGAGACGUCGGCGCGGGUAGCUACCACCUCUCUUACCAUCCGGAGCACCAUGGACACGGACCUGUAUCGCGCGAGUCGCAGCAACCGCACCAUUUCGACAGCCUCUUGCCGUCUGAGGACCUUAUGGACAAGAUCGUUGGGCGCAUGUCCAAUGGUGCUAGCAUGCAUGGGGCGGGCCCCGAUGCGGCGGGCUACGAUAAUUCCACGGUGGAUUCGGUUUAA